AUGAGGAUUUUGAUCUUAACCCUUGCGAUGCGCUACUGUUGUUGUUUGCAUUUCGAGUGUCCGGAGAUCUGUCGGUGUUCCAUCAAGACUAUUAACUGCAACAGUGUGACAGAGGCCACGGCACUGAAGCAGCACUCGACCUACAACAGACUUGUUUUGAACUAUAUCCACUUGAAGAGUAUUCCAAAGCUCAGCUUUGAUGGACUGCAGUGUGUUAAAAGAAUAGAAAUUGCUCAGAGUGUCACACUGGAGACCAUAGAAACCCAAGCCUUCAACAGCCUUCUUAACCUCUCAGAGAUAUCAAUCCAAAACACAAGGAGCCUGAUUUACAUCCACCAACAAGCCUUCAACAAGCUACCCAAACUGAGAUAUUUGAGCAUCUCCAAUACCGGGAUAACUGUGUUUCCUGAUCUGACAUCCAUUUCUUCUCUUGAAGCCUAUUUUAUACUUGAUAUUUGUGACAACCUCCACCUGCGGUCAAUCCCAUCAAAUGCCUUCAUUGGAAUGACAAGGGAAGAAACUGCAAUGAAUCUUUAUAACAAUGGCUUCAGGGAAAUUCAAAACUAUGCCUUCAAUGGGACAAGCUUAGACAAACUAGUGUUAAAAAACAACCGAAACCUGCAAAUAAUCCACAAGGAUGCUUUUUCUGGAGCUAUGGGUCCUACUGUUUUAGAUGUAUCAUCCACUGCUCUGGAGACGCUUCCCUCUCGAGGACUACGGUCUGUACACAUGUUAGUGGCGCGCUCAGCAUUCUCAAUGAAGGGAUUACCUCCCCUAAAGAGCUUUGAGAGUUUGAGAGAGGCCCACCUCACCUACCCCAGUCACUGCUGUGCGCUGCUCACCUGGAAUGCUCACAGGGACGAUCAAUAUUCAGCACAGAGAAACGGAUCUUCAUACUGUGAAGAGCACAGUUUAUUACCAAGUAAAGAUGGGAUUUUCUCCCACAAGCCCAAAAUGGUGAAUGUGUCAUUUUCCACCAACACUUUGAAGCCCCUACCUGUAGAAUCCAUUUUUGGCAAUGUAGACUUUGAGUACCCAGAACUGGAGUCCUGCCAGACCAGAUCAGCUCUCGAGUGCACCCCAGAGGCAGACGCCUUUAACCCCUGUGAGGACAUUGCUGGGUUCGGAUUCCUGCGCGUGGCCAUCUGGUUCAUCAACAUCCUCGCCAUUGUCGGCAACCUCACUGUACUCCUAGUGCUAGUUGCUAGCCGGUGCAAACUCACUGUCCCACGCUUCCUCAUGUGUCACCUGGCCUUUGCCGACUUCUGCAUAGGCGUCUACCUGCUCAUGAUUGCCACCGUGGACCUGCGCACACGUGGCCACUACAGCCAACACGCCAUUGAGUGGCAGACUGGGGCGGGCUGUGGCGUCGCUGGCUUCUUGUCUGUCUUUGGCGGUGAGCUGUCUGUUUACACUCUGUCUACAAUCACCGUGGAACGCUGGCACACCAUCACCCAUGCACUCCGGCUUGAGCGCAGGCUGGGCCUGGCCCAUGCUGCUGCCAUCACGGCCUUCGGCUGGUUACUCUGCCUGGUCAUGGCCCUUCUCCCCUUAGUGGGUGUCAGUAGUUAUAGCAAGGUCAGCAUGUGCCUGCCUAUGGAUAUUGAGACACCUCUGGCCCAAGCUUAUGUCAUCCUCCUGCUGCUCUUCAAUGUGGGUGCUUUCCUGGUGAUCUGUGGCUGCUACGUACGGAUCUAUGCGGCUGUACAGCACCCAGAGGUGCCCGGCCGUGCUGCCGAUGCCAAAAUCGCAAAGAGAAUGGCUGUGCUCAUUUUUACAGACUUCCUCUGCAUGGCGCCCAUCUCUUUCUUCGCCAUCUCCGCAGCCUUUAAGGUCCCCCUCAUCACGGUCACUAAUUCCAAGAUCCUCCUGGUGCUCUUCUAUCCUAUCAACUCCUGUGCCAACCCCUUUCUUUAUGCCAUUUUCACCAAGGCCUUCAGAAAGGAUGCUUGCAUACUUCUGAGCUCCAUCGGCUGCUGUGAGGACAAAGCCCAAAUGUACCGCACAAAAACCUACUGUUCAGAGCAGGCUGGGAAAAGCAAGAGUACCUCAGUCGGCAAGGCCCCUCACAUGUGGCUGUCCUCCUUUCCUCAGCAGAAGCCCCGACUGCAGAUAGAGAGUGUGCAGAAAGACAGCUGA